AACACAAUCUUCAAAAUUCUUCGAUUUUUCUCUUCAAAUCUCCCCAAAAGAAAAAUGCCGAACCCUAAAGUUUUCUUCGACAUGAGUCUCAACGGUGCACCCACCGGUCGUAUCGUGAUGGAGCUUUUCGCUGAUGUUACUCCAAACACGGCCGAGAAUUUCCGAGCUCUCUGUACCGGCGAGAAAGGAAUCGGGAAGAUGGGUAAGCCACUUCACUUCAAAGGAUCAACCUUUCACCGUGUGAUUCCUGGGUUCAUGUGUCAAGGAGGUGACUUCACCGCCGGGAACGGAACCGGUGGUGAAUCGAUUUACGGAGCUAAGUUCAAAGACGAGAACUUUAUCAAGAAGCACACCGGAGCUGGGAUUCUCUCCAUGGCUAACUCUGGUCCCAACACUAACGGAUCUCAGUUCUUCAUCUGUACUGCUCCUACCUCGUGGCUAGAUGGGAAGCACGUUGUGUUCGGUCAAGUCGUUGAAGGUUUGAAUGUGGUGAAGGCCAUUGAGAAAGUUGGAUCUGACUCUGGAAGGACUUCGAAACGUGUGGUUGUCGAGGACUGUGGUCAGCUUUCUUAGAUCUGAAGUGACUUAGUGAGAGAGACACUGAUCUUUUAUGAAUAAUGGUGUCUUUGCUUUUGGUUUGUUUCACUUCUUCCUCCUUUCCUGUAUGGAUGGUUCUAUCUAGGGUUUGAGUGUUUUCUGAUUUGGGAUCGUUUCGAGUUUGUAAAACCCUUUGUUUAGGGUUUUGAAAUUUGACUACCUUGAAUAAAAGUAAAAGCUUUUUAGA